CUGCUAGCAUAACUGCAGCUGAACCUGAUCUGCCCCUCAUACUCAGCUGGGCUAAUCUGCAGAGCAGUCGGCAGGGGGCGCUCACGUGUGGUCAGGCCCAGCCCGGGAAUUAUCCGGGGAGUGAGGGCAGCUGCCGCCACUGCUCACAGGUCUCCGGGGCCGUCGAGAUGAGUGAUGAAGACAAGCGAAGUCCUGGAGAAAAAAUGAACAUUCAGACAGAAUAUUAUCUGGAAACACUUAUCAUUGAUGCCUCCAAGGGCAAAGGAUUUUGGAAAAUUAGUGAAUUGGUUGAGGAUAAGGCAGCAUGUUCAUCACAGAAGCACAGCAAGGGUCUCCUAAACCAGCUGGACAGAUUAAUAAAUAAGGAAUUAGAUCGCAAUGAAUUCAAACAUGUAUCUUUAUUAUUGAAAUGUAUUCAGCAUUUCUGCUUGAAUGGAUGUCAUGAAGGUUGGUCCUUGAUUCAGCAGGGGCUGGUUUCUAAGAUGGUCUUGUGGUUUGAAAGAACCCUGGAGUUUCUGAUGAUUUGUAAGGACCACAGCACCACAAUAUCAGCACUUGUAGAACAAUUCUAUGACACAGCACUGGUAAUCUGUAAAUGUAACACUGAGGAUGGAGUAAAUCAGUUACUGGACACAUUCUUGUAUAAUCUUGGUUUCAUAAUUCUGGAGAACUGGCCCCCUUUUUCCAUUAAAUUAGAGGCACUUAAGACUUUUAACUUCAUUCUUGGACAAACCUCAAGGGAAGAAAAGAAAAAUCUUAUUUCUUCUGAGAAGAUGUGUACUUUAAUGCAAGACUUGGCAAGGAAACUGUUUGAAGUUGGAGACUAUGAGAUCCAAGUUGCCAUUACUGAAGCCCUCUGCAGGUUGACAUCGAAAAAGAUGAGAGAUAAUUUUGCUCAAAAGUGGUUUGAGGACCCCUUCUUUGCCGAUGCCUUUCAGAAAAUCAAUGAUAAGGAUUUUGAAACGGACUGCAGGAAAUUUUUGAACUCCCUUAAUUCCAAGAUAAAUGAAAGCAAAAGGGUCCACACGUUUCCAUGCAUUAGUGUGUCAACAGAUGUUGAUGAGCUAAGAAAACCUCAGGAUGAUAAACUUGAACAGUUUUGGAUUGAUUUUAAUGUUUGCAGUCAAAUCGUCUCCUUCUACAUACAAAAUAAUGAGGCUUCGCUUUGGGAUUCUGUCAGAAUACAGAAGGAAUGUCUAAGUGGAUACAGCCUGGAAGAGUGCAAUGGACAGAAACUGUUAUGCAUACACCUUAAGAUUCCUCUGUCUAUCAAUAACAAGGCGGUAAAAUACAUCAAGAUGCACUUUGAACUUGAACACAACAUUCAGAAUGCUGCAGUUAAAACGUAUGGAGAAGAUCUUCAAAUGGAAGUGAGCGGUGAAGUAUUAAUCCUACCAAAUGAUACAUCUUCCACUGGGACAAGUGACGUGAAAUCUGUUAAUGAUAACCAACAGAAAGGGAUACAGUCAAGUAAUAGCAUGGAUGGUGGUUCGGUAUCCACAUUAUAUUCUCCUAGUAAGGAGACGUCUUCUGCUACAAAAAUGCAUCCUAAAUCACCACAGCACACUGACAGAUCAAAUAAACUAAAAGCUGGAUUGACAGAUUUAUCUGAUGGAGUCAGCAGUGAGGAGGAAAUCUCAGGCUCAGUUGCCCAUGAUAAGGCUAGGGUUCUGGAGAUCAGUGAUGAUGGGAAACUUUCAGAGGAUUCUGGCAAGAAUUUAAUAGUAACUACUAGUGAAACCAAAGGAAAGUCACCAAAACAAGCUGUCGAUAUUUAUCAAUUUCCAAAAUCAUCGGAAUCUGCUUCAGAUAUCGAGGUGUCUGUUGUAAAGGAUAAGGUAUUAAUUCCAGUGGCUUCAUCCAUCAGAAAGAAUAACCCCAAACGCCCAGGAAGUCUCUCUUGCCAGAAAACUGAUGCCAAAAAACCAUCAUUUCUGCAGGAUGUUGACUAUAAAGACUUCCUUUCUUCUGGAAGUGAAAUGAGCUGGAUCCUGGAACAUCGAAGAAAAUCCUCAGCAAAAUGUGCAGACUACAGUCGUAAAAAGCAAAAGAGUAAAAGUAGGCUAAAAGUACUUCCCUUGUCUUCACAAAGUUCUGAUGAGACAGAGAAGCUCAAAAAAAGGGGACAACACUUGAAAUUUACAGACCUUAAAAAAGAAACUGGACAAGAAAGGGGCGUGGCAGAAAGCCUUUCAUUCUCAGAUGUAAAGCUGCCAGGGGUCUCUGCCUUGCUAACUCCCAGGGAUUCACUCCCACACACUGCAGGCACUUUACGUUUAUCUGAUUUGGAUCAAGACACCAUGGAUCCAUUACAAGAAAUGUCUUCCCCGGAAUUGGUUAAGAUUAAAAAACUACCCGAAACGAGCACUACAAGCAAAAUAAAUGUCGAAAGCAACAAGGACCAGAUUGAGCUUAUUGAAGGACUGUAUCCUUCAGGCAUAGCCGAGAAUUUUAAAAAGAAAAGAAAGCGACCAAGCUGCGAAAGAGAAGAAGAAAUCUAUUUUAAACCUCGUAAACUUUUUACUUCUGCCAAAGCUUCAGCUGAUCUGGAAGAUGAUGUUUUUAAGUCAGACUCUCAUGAAUCCGACAUAACAGAAGGCAGCUUCAUUUCCUCUUUUGAAAGUUUUACAGAAGGCCUCAAAAAGAAGAUGAUGACUAGAUAUAAAAACAUGGAAGUUAGAGCUCAAGAUGUGCUUAAAACAUCUCAUCUGCAUGUCUCGAAGUUAAUGAAUCAGAUACAACAGAGCAAUUUUCGAAAAUUAAAUCAUUUUAGCACUAUUGUAGCACAAGAACUCUCCAGUCUUGAGGCUGAAACUCAGGCUUUGAAAGAACUAGAGAAAGAGACUUUGGAUUUCUGGGAAGCGCAAACUGUGAAAGUAAAUGAAUUCUGCACCAAUCAACAGCAAAGAAUUGAAGCCAUGGAUCACACAAUAGCCGAGUCUUUAAAAAGCCUUAAAAAGAAGGAAGAAAGCACUACUGAUGUCCAAAAACUGUAAUAAACCUUGUAAUGUGUCAUUCACACUGACAGUUUUUGUUUUGUGAGCAAAUUUUCCGUUUAGCUCAUACGUUUGUUAUCCAGUUUAAUAAAUAAACCUGAUUCUUAAAUGUCUCAUUAUUUAAAUAAUGCA